AAGAUAUUGAAUAAAAUUAUCAACAUCAAUGAAGAUUGUUCUGAGGAUACCUCCGUAGAAGAUCAAUAUGAAUUAAGCCAAAGCGAAGCUGACAGUGAAAGUUCUAAAUACACUGAAAGUGGAGAGACAGAAGGAUCUUCGGGUAGUGAAGAGGAAAACUUCUUGAAAGUGUGUCGCAACAAGAAAAAGAUGCGUAUUUUUUCUAGUUCUGAUUCUGAGAAUGAAAGGACGAGCAUUCCAAGCACAUCUCAAAAUGUAAUAGGUGAAACUGAAAUUGCAAUUGACGGGACACAGUGGAUAAAACUGAAAGCAGGCUGAUCCAGGGAAAAAAUGGACAAAAAAAUUGGGUUCGCCAGUGGAAGUACUCAACCCUCGGCUGCUCCACCGUCAGCACCCCCGUCUUAUGAGGAAGCUGUUGAAAAUGUACCUCCUAUAUCUCUUCAACCAAACAUUCCACCAUAUCCAGUAGGACCAUCAUCUAUGCCAAUUCCAACUCAUAAUCUGCCGCCGAAUCAGACAGCGAUGCCAUAUCCACCAAAUUAUUCAGGAUCCAGCAAACCUCCGCCGCAAUCGCAGACACCGUACAAUGCGAAUCCGAAUACAGUUCCUCCGCCAGAGUUCCGAGUUGUCUAUCAGUCAGUGAUUUUUUCCCUGUCUCCAAAUCCAACAAAAAUGACUUGUCCAACGUGUCAUGCCAGUAUUAAAACCACUACGAUGACUGAUCAUCAACGAUGCGCCCAUUUCUGUUGUAUCGCGCUUUGCAUAUUUGGAUGUUGCCUUUGCUCGUGUCUGCCAUACUGUAUGAGUAGCUUCAUGAGCGUUCACCACUUUUGUCCGAAAUGUAAAAGUUAUAUUGGUACAUGGAAGGGUUGAGCAGAUCGCGAUACACGUAUACUUAUAUAUCGUUACACGGUCUUCUAUGUAAUCGGAUACAGUGUAACAUUAUGAGGAGUAGACGAUAUUCCCUGCUUGUCGCGAAUUACGUUAAGAGAAAGAGCUAUUCGACGAGAUUGUCAUAGGUCAUAUCACAAGAUAACUAUAUAUGUGACGCUUAUUCUUUCAAGAUAAGAUAUGAAUGCAUUCUAUUAUGUGUGAUAGACUCGACAAUUGUAGAUUCCAUGUUGAUUUAUAUAUGAGGCAAUGUGAUUGAGCGUGUGCGUGUGGAAUUUACAGAUAGUGUGCGAUAAUAUUAUAAAGAUAUUUUCGAGCGUUGAACCUGCGAGCAGUAUUGUUCUCACUUGCAUUUGUCAUAUUCCAUAUAGUCUUAGAGACUUUUUUUAGAAAUGUUGAGUGAGAGAGGGAGAGAGAGAGACAGGAAUAAAUAGAUAGAUAGAUAGAAAGAGAGAGAGAGAGAGAGAGAGAGAGAGAGGGGGGGGGGAAGAAAUGCAUCUGGAAUGCAGAAGAGGUAAUGUCUCCCCUGUUUAUGCUAAAGAUCUUAUUUCUUUCAAUGUGUUUCACUUUAGCGAAUAAGAGAGAAGGGAACGAUUAGUUGAGAAUUGAGAGUGAGUAAAGGCAGAUCGUCCCACUUCCUGUACGCAACAAUGUUCGCGUAUUUUUAUUCUUGUAUUUUAUUGGUGCUUCCGGAACUUUAAGUGAAAUGAAUUCCUGAAUAUUAUAUAGAUAUAUAAACUAUCAUAUAUAUUUUUAUGCAGAUUGCAAAAGGAUUUGCACGAAAAGUAUCAGAAUUACAUUAGCGACGAAAAUAAUAACAAGAGAAUUUUGGUUCGUCUGUUUCUGUUUUCAGUUUUGUUCUUUGUACAAAUAUUUUAUAUCGAAUAUUAGAUAUUCACUUCUAGAAAAAGACUUUUGCGUAAAGGGAAAUUCUAAAUAAAAUUGAUGAUUUCCUGAAUAUCUUCGAACAUUCAUUGAUAUUCCAGAGAGACUAUACUGGAUACAAUAUUCCAAGUUAUUGCGAUUCACGUACUGUUUGAUGUUCCACGUGUUUAAGAUUAUCACUCAAGCGUUUCUAUGAUUUCAUUUAUGAGCACUACUGUUUUGUUCUUUUUAUAUACCAUAUCUAUGUCCUCUGACUUAACUAUGACGAUAUUAUAUCGCAAAUAACGUCAACGUUAUUGAUUUGGUUUUACGUGCUAUUUUCACGGCCAAUUUUUUAGCCUUUUAAUAUACACAUUUAAUAUAUACAUAUAUUUUAAUGUAUGACAUUUUAAUUGUACGUGUUUAACAUAAUAAAUUAUACUUUAGUUUUCAA